UGUGCGACAAAUCGUUCUAUCUUAGUAUCAAGUUCGACUUGUCUAAGAUGAUGAUGCGAAAUUAAAAAGAUCAUUCUAUUUGUUGACGAAUGCUGAAUAAGCAUGAAAAUUUCGACACACUUGGAUGCGAUGCAAUAUGUGAUAUGACGAUAUCAUCUUUGACUGUUUUGUAACUGUCCGUGUAAAGAAUUUGCGAAAAGUUGUAGUAUUCCAUUUUUUCGUGAGCUGUUGUAUUUUCAUUGCAAUCAAAAAGCAUUGUUGCAAGCUGCAUAUGCUAAUGCGUUUGAUCCAUAUGGGUCUCAACGAACUGGUGCAUUGGUAUCAAAAAAAGAUUGGAACAUAUGAUAAGCAACAAUGGGAGAGAACCAUAGAACAACAUAUUCUUGAUGGACUUACACAUGUUCCAAUGAGGACAACAAAACUCAAGACAGAACUGAUUGAUGUGGAUCUCGUUCGUGGAUCUUCAUUUCCAAAAGCCAAGCCAAAGCAUGGUUUGUUGACAGUAGCUUGCCUAGCAUUUCAGCGACUCUUGUUCCUUCCAUUGUACAAAAAGUGGUGGAUACAGCAAACAAGUUAUCGCAUCUUUGUGCUUUUCUUGUUACUAUAUAGCUUGCAAACGAUCAACAUAUGCCUAUAUUAUGUUUAUACAAACAGGGAAAAUGAGGCAGAAAUUAUAUCAAUGUCAGAAGUAUUAGUACCUGUUGUUAUGAUGUUUGUUCUGUGCACUGUUCAUUCCCAUAUUGUAUCGACACAUUCAGGUCCUACUAUGACAUAUAAUCAGUCCAGACAACGAAUAACAAGACGCUCUCGACAUAUUAGGUGCAGAAAUGGAAAAUCGAGGCCUAGACAGAAUUUACGUGUACAUAAGGAUUCAAAAUCUUCUCAAGAUAUGGCUUCUGAGAAAGUGAGUACAGGAAAUGAAGAAGUAUUCACUGCAGUAAGAUUUGCUAAAAAAGUGGUCAUCCAAAAUUCCUCGACUGUUAGCCAAUCUCAGGAACUUGCAAAUGCUCAAGUAUUAUAUGACAAAGAAUCAUUGAAUACAACCGGAGAAAAUUCUGACCCUGCAAACGAAAGUUCAACUAAUCAUGAACAGCAAGAUAAUGUACCAGAAGAACAUGUAGCAAAUAUACAUCAAGAUGAUGAUGGCUUUGAAAGUCUAAAUGGGAAUGUUUCCAGUGAUAAUGACAAAGGGAUAGGUCGAGCACUGGUGCAAGAAAAUAAAUCGCGAUUGAGUUUGAUACAACAGAGUAAAGAUCAUAUGUCAUGGUCAGAAGAUAGCACUAGUCAACAAAUUUCAUCAAAAAACUCAGCACCUGAUCCAUUAAAAAAUGAUGACAAUUUUAUGGAUAGCAAAAGCAAUAAUGGCAAUAUUAAGGCUAAAGAGAUUUCAUCAAAAAUAUUGAGAUCAAGAGAAGCACGGCAGCAGUGCGAGAGCGAAGAAGAAGGCGAGUGUGAGGAAGCUACAACGCAUCAUCUCACAGAAGCAACAACUUCUGCCACGGAAUGGAUGGGAGUAACAACUAAUAGUGACGAGUGCAGUUACAGUUCAGAACUCGGGGAAUCUGACAUAGCCAGCGAGACUAAUCUUAAUUAUGGAGAAUUUGUGGAGCAUCCUUUCUCAUGGGAAUUUGAAUUGCCACCUUCGAUAUUAUUUAAUUCUACUUGCACAUCGUCUGAUCGCGUUUCGUGUACGAUUUGGACGCGGCGUGAUAUAAAAAAGGCUGAAUUAUCAGUGCUUGAUAUUAGUUCAGCAAUAAUUGCCAGAGUCGAAUCCAUGCCAGAGGGUAUGAAUUAUUUUUACGGUGGUCUAAUACUUAGUAUCGCAUUGUGUCUAAUACCGUCAAUAAAACGGCUGAGUGACCAUAUAGGAUCAGAUAAUAUUGGUAACGCGUCUGUUAGUCUAUUACCAAGUGAUAUGAUUCAGAUAAACUUGGAAACAUACACCGAUGUCUUGUGUAGAAUAAUUGGUAUUUCAUUCGGAAAUACUUUUUGGGAACGAACGGUGGUGCUAAUUUCAAUGUUUGAACGAUUUAUGUUGUCAUGUUGUCUGUUUUUCUUGCUGGCAGUAGCAGAACGAACAUACAAGCAGAGACUUUUAUAUGCGAAAUUAUUCUCUCAUUUGACAUCAUCCAGACGCGCGCGAAAAUCUGAUUUACCGCACUUUCGUUUGAAUAAAGUGCGCAAUAUAAAGACAUGGCUAAGUGUCAGAUCUUACUUGAAGCGAAGAGGGCCGCAGCGAUCUGUAGACGUAAUUGUUUCAGCAAUAUUUAUUAUAACAUUAUUAUUGCUGUCAUUCGUAAGUUUGGAACUAAUUAAAGAUCUCGAAAAUUUACACUCACGAUAUAAUGUCGAAGCAUUAUUCUGGAGCUUCUCGCUUGGAAUAUUUAUAUUGCGGUUUAUGACGUUAGGAACAAAAAUCAACAAAAAGUACAGAAAUCUCUCUGUUUUGAUAACUGAACAGAUCAACUUAUAUUUACAAAUUGAGCAAAAACCACAUAAAAAAGAAGAACUUAUGGUUGCAAAUAGUGUAUUGAAAUUAGCGGCUGACUUGAUUAAAGAAUUGGAGAGUCCGUUCAAAAUCUCUGGGCUAUCAGCUAAUCCGUAUUUGUACACUAUUACUAAAGUGGUACUUUUGUCAGCACUUUCAGGAGUACUUUCGGAACUUCUUGGUUUCAAGCUAAAACUACAUAAAAUAAAAAUUAAAUAAAGCAAUAUAAGACGUGAUACAUAUGAAAGAGGCGCAUUAGUCCAUCAAUUUUGAACUGUCUAAUGGAUUUAAACUUAAUCUGUUCUCAGCGAAAAUUAACUUGGAUUCAUUAUACUAAGUUAAGUAACAUUA